CAGUUGACGCGGAGAAUGAAAAGGAAAUUGCGAGGUCGGCGGAGGCGAUGUUUGAGAAAUUUGCAAGGGCGGUGGGGGUCAAAGUGGAGAAACGAAUAAAGGAGCCACAGCCAGAAGUAGUUCCUCCUGCAUCUUUCAUCUCUGAUAGACCACCUGCUGCGGAGGUCGUGGAGCAGCAUCAAGGUGCCACUGUACUAGUUGGCGGCGCAGCUGCAAGGUCAACUGCGGACAAGGAGAUUCGUUGUGCUACUUCCAUCUUCUCAGGUGCUGAAUUAGAACAACAAGAUUCUCCUGGCGAAGAGGACCAAUCUUUCUACGAGAACCUGUUUACAACAGCGAUCUCGGAAGUGAAGCUGCCGCAAAGUGUGAACGCUACAGCUGCCGGGCCGCCGGCUGGGUAUUCUUUACAGCCAUCGAUGUCUAGUUGUGCUUCUUCCAAGAAUCUUGCCCCUCCCUCUCCGAACGUGCUUGUUUUCGGACCGAAUGUGACGUACCCACCUCCGAGUGCGAAAGCCAGCACGCUGGCGGCGAACUCCGGCGCACUGCUUCUCGGUGCGGCCAGUAGUUCUUCUACAGUUCAUCUUGGAGCAGAUGGACCACCUGGUGGUGGACCAGUGAUUACUACACAGAAGGAGCGCGGCUCAACUACACAAUUGGCGGCUUCUUCCCCACCUCCUCAAGGCACUGCAAAAUCCGUUUGUUCCGCGAGCCCUUUGGCUUCCCCACAAACAAAAAUCAUCAGCCGCCGCACUUCCUUACUGCAGCCCCCAUCCCGUUCCCGGCACAGCAGUGGCAGAGGCAGUAGCGAUUAUUUCACAACUUCGCAUUCCCCAGCUCUGGUGAUUCUAUCGCCGCAGCGAAACUCCUUAUCGAAUUCUAGCUCGCCAUCGAAAUUCGGCCCGAAUGGGCAACUGAUCACGAAUUCCUUGGGAAAAACCAGAUCUCGAACCGGAUACUACGCAACGAAAGCGUCGAACUCCGCAGCGAAGAUGCGCGAGGUGCUGGGAUCGAAAACCCCAUUCGAUUGUUUUCAGGAAAAAAAUCCGCAAGAAAUAAACAGUGGCACAACGGUGACAUCCUCGUACAAGAACAGCACAAGCUCUUUACAACUAGCGAUGGGGUCCUCGUCGUCGACCACGACGUCAUCUCUUUUCGGAUCCUCAGCCUUGCCCUUGCAGAGCACCACCGGACCUCCUUCUGUGAUAAAUGGAGAUCAUCUUCGAGCUCCAGUUACUUCGACAGGUUCAACAACGAGCAGCAAGAAAACCGGGCCAGUACAACCUCCGGGUCUUCUGUCUUUCGACCGUCCACCGCGAGGAUUAUUAGCGAGAGGUCAAGCAAAAAGGGUCGCAGGAGGGCCGGACGAGAUGAAUCUUCCAACGACGGAAAACAUCAUGACUUCUGCCCAUCAAAAUCUCACUUCUGAAGGCAGCCCGGGCGAGCCGUCUCGCAUUCGCAAAGUGGCGGUGGCGGCGCCGAGUAAUAAAAGGGGUACUAGAGCGUCGACGAGCAGGGGAAAUAAAUUGAACCGUGCUCUUAGUGACGACGACGAUAGCGACUUUGUGGAAGAAGAUUAUCUCUCCUCGACUUUAAUCCUGCGCGACGAACCAGACCAUGCUGGAUGUAUCUGAUUUUUUCUUCAAUGAUGUAUGAGCUUUUAUUUCAGUACUAGUCUUACCUAUACCUACGUCGUUUCUUUUUUCUGAACAGGAUAUUAAGCGAUCUACGGGUACUGCUCUGUAUCUUUUGUAGCUAGCUUUUUGUGAUGUGUUUCUCUUUCUGCGGGAGUUGAAAAUUCAAACUACCAUGACAGUGCCCCUCUUCCGCUGCUCGGACUGCAAUUUUGGCAGUCGAUCCUUCCGCAGCAUUCGGGCGCACUUGCUGGAAAUGAAGCACAUGAAUGUGCAAGGCCCCUUUCACCACCAAAUCCGGGCGGCCAUCGAAAUCUGUAUGGCCAACGCAGAUAGGGAGUACGAAGCCUUUCACGCACGGGAACAAGCGAUUGACGACGCUUUUGGGAAGUUUUGAGGGGAAUAGAAGAUGUGGGGAGGUUGCUGCAGAAAAUGCACAAUUAAUGUACUGAGUUUUUUGUGAUUGUGAACCAAAGCGACUACAGGAGCAUGACAAAGUAAAAGUAUGUGCUGUGCAGCUGCCUCAGCGACAUAUAACACGACCUGAUGGAACUAAGUACGCAAACCAAUGAAAAUGGAUUCAAUUUCAAAAAUUUAGCGCUGAAAAAGCUUAAGCACCCAAGCGACAUCCAAAUAACGGCUCUGCUAAGACCAGAAGAUAUGCGACCUCGCAUGGCUGACUUCUACAUGUGAUCCACAUGGUAACGCGAUGUAGACGACGAAAUGUGAAGACUAGCA